UUUUUGUCUUACGUUUUGUUUUCUCAAGACAAAAAGAAAUUCCACUGGUUUCUUAUAUGCAUUCACCCUGUCACAAACCUUCAGGCCAUGAACACAUCCUCGAAAGGCUUAUCCCGGUCUCGCCUACUCUGCAUAACAUGGCUGAACUAUUUCAAAGUUGUUUCCCGAGCCCACAUUGGCGCAUAUACUGGAUCUCAAGCAUCUGGCGGCUGUUGCUGCGGACUCUUCUGGUUGGCUUGUUGGAAGGAAGAGAGACGAGACGGGGGAGGAUGAUGCUGGCUAUCGGCAUUCGUGUUACUCCUCAGCCCUCACACCGACUGGAGUUUAUUAGUACUAAAAAAAUGCGCCUUAUCCACUUCCUCCUCCUUUACUCCCCCUGACUCCUCAAAAUUUCGUCUGCUUAUCUCCUUCAGGGGUCCGAACAUGCGAGAAAAGCAAGGAUGUGGUUGGUCCCAUCACGUGAAGGGCGGAUAACCAUUAGAUCCUCCCUAACUAGCUAAUUUUGACCUCACGUUUUCAACCUUCGUCCACUCAGUCCCUCGACGGAGGAUUAUUCGUUUUGGAAGAUCUUUCAAAGCUCGAAGGUUCGUUUCUUUUUCAAGUCAAGUUCAGAGAGGGAUAUUGAGGCCGGUCUAGCGAACAAUGACAGGCCCAGGCUGCAUGAUUAACCCAGAAGCAAAACCUUGCUUGAGGGCUCUCGACAUCUCACAGGCCAGAUGAUUGGUACCAUCAAAGGUCAUCCUCAAGCCACCCGCUCGAGAAGCCUGCAUGGGCCGUCAUGGUGCCGGGCCAAGGAAGACGCAUUGACUUAUCCAUCGGAUCAGGCGGGACACAUCUGCGGAAGUAGGUCAAUAAUACUGUGUGGAACAAGUCAGUUGAGGAGGGGGUACAUGCUGGAACUGACAUGGGUCCUUUACCUGGGUCAAUUGCUCCCAGUGGAAGUGAUUCGCAUGGAGCAUCUACAUAACAAUGAGACGUGUCUCCGUCAUGCAUCGAAGACCGUAUAUCCGUGCCACAGCUGUCAACCCCAAUGCAUAAGUACUUAUGCUGUGGAGAAGGUGAGAAGGUUGAUGCAGUCUCGGAUGUAUGUUUCUUUGGAGUCCCUGCAACUCAAGUCUCGUCGAUGUUCGGAUAAUUUCGAGGUACCAUCUACUUGUGUCCUCGAAUCAAGUCACUGGAGUGAACAAAGGAAUCGACUGGUUAGCUUUCGGACUAGUUAACUAAUUGGCCUAAUAUGGAAUCCUGGCUUUAUACGGAGUACUAGGCUAGGAAUAAUCAAGCUGGACUCCUCAAUCGAGCAAUGCUUAUUGUUUCUUGUUUUCAGGGUCUUGUUGAUUUUUCAGUAUUUUCGUUUAUUUUAUUUUCCUCUUUAACUAACUUUUUGCUUCCAUCCUACUCCUUUCCAGCCUAUCGGAUACGGCCAUAUGAAUAAUAUUCAAAGGUUCCCUCCCGGCCCGCGGUGUGAACUCGAAUAUCGAGUUGACUAGCUGAAGCUUGCUCAGCGAAGAACCAAUCAACACUCAUUUCAAUCCAGUUCAAAGCAGAGGUUCACCAAACGGGCCGAUCUCUCGGACACGGGAAUGAUGGAUUAAAGCCAGUGGCUUGUUAUUAUUACGAUCUUGUGUGUCCUUGCCUGUCCAGCGUUCGUUGUUUGUACUGAAGCGUUGUUUUACUUGCAGUGCGUCUUACAUGUCCAAGUCUUGAGUGUGGCGCAUUGUGGUAACUUAUGCAUCCCAAGGGUAUUACUGGAAUACGGCUCCUCCAUGCACCCAAUGUUAGGAACUUUCUUGCAAUUGACCCACAAAGUACUGCUCCCUCCAACUAAGUUCUGGAGCUUCCAGCUGAGAUUCAAAUUUUGGGCUUUUCUAUCUCGAAGUUUUGCGGAUUACAAAAUGAAUGGGUUCCCGGCCUCACCCCUCCGUUUUAGGCAUGGCAAUGCUGAUGUUUGUCUGAAUCUUUUGACUACCAACGGCCGAACACUCUUAAGCGACAAACGUUCGUUGGUUUUGAACAGGACAAUCAUCUUAGCUCGACUCGCGGAGACAGUAUGCCUCCCUAUCUCUCAACACAAGCGGGUUUCCCCCUACCUGUCGAUCAAUUCGAAAACAAUCCGAGCUCUAAAGCCCCAAUUGUUCAAGUUAAAGAAGAGCUUGCACAAUUUUGCCUUGAGCUGUCCUCGGAUCUAGAGGACUUCUGUGCGAAAUCCGGAAUUACCUCCCUGCAAAUCCUCCUUGCAGCGUGGGCGAUUACUCUUCAUUACUAUACCGCUUCGGAAUCUGUGACAGUUGGGAAUAUAAUAUGGCAUUGCGACGGGUCAUGUUGUAAGGGAAAAUAUGAGGUGGGGUUGGAUGAUGACACACCUCUACUUCGAGCUGUUAAACAGUUUAAACACCGGCCAGACUGUGAUUCUGGUGAUAGCAAUAGCACCUCGCCCGACACAUCAAUGGUUGAUACUUUUGUGAUACAAACUCUUUCAACCUCAGAGCUUCCAUUUGAUCGCAGCCCUGUCUUUAAUAUAAGAGGAUGUAAAAUUCCCACCUCUCAUACCAUCAUCGUUGACAUAGUCAACCAUGGACUCAGGGAGCAAGUGGAAUUAGACAUAUACCUCAAUGAAUCAUGGAGGAACCACAUAGCCAAUAUGUCGAGGACUUUUGAGCAGGUUGUAGCUGAGAUGCUUCGCAAACCUACCGGAAAGUUGGGAGAUUUAGACUUAUGCAGUGCCUGGGAUAUUAGGACGCUGGCCACCUGGAAUGGCGAAAUAUCAACGGAAGGCUCUGACAAAUGCGUACAUGAUAUGAUUAGCCUGCGUUGCGCUGAAGACCCGAAUUAUACCGCCGUUCAAUCCUGGGAUGGAAACAUGUCAUACGGAGAGCUUGAUGAACUUUCGUCUGCUUUAGCAGUACGACUGAUGGCUUCACAUCCAAGCGUUGGACCGGAGAAAUUCAUCCCGUUGCUAUUUGAAAAAUCUAAAUGGACUGUGGUAUCUCUACUCGCGGUGAUCAAAGCUGGUGCCGGAUUUGUACUGCUAGAUCCCUCUCUACCACUUAAGCGUCUCGAGGAUAUCUGCCGUCAAGUCAAAGCAACCUUGGUCAUUACUUCCCCUCAGCAUUCUGUUCUUGCCAGCACUUUGGAAACCCCAAUGUUUAUUGCCAGCGAAAAAACAAUUGGAACAUAUAACCCGUCGAAUUACCACCGAACUUCGGUUCAGCCUUCAAAUCCCCUUUAUGCGAUAUUUACUUCCGGUUCCACUGGAAAUCCAAAAGGAAUCAUCAUUGAACACGGUUCUUUCCUUUCUAGUGCCCUUGCAUAUAUUAAGACUGUGGACUUAAACCGAAAAUCCAGAGUCUUGCAAUUUGCAUCUUAUGCAUUCGAUGUUAGCGUUUCUGACAUCUUGUACAGUUUACUAUCUGGUGCUACGCUUUGUAUCCCUUCUAACGCCGAGCGUAACAAUAGUCUGGUGGAGAUGAUUGACCGUUUGAAGCCGAAUUGGAUGGACCUCACCCCGUCUUUCUUGAGAUCUCUCUCACCCGUGGACCUUUAUACAGUUAGGACCAUUGUUCUAAGCGGUGAGGCUAUGACUCAAGAUGUCAUUGCUAAAUGGGAUAGCGAAGUACGCCUACUUAAUGUGUAUGGACCGGCUGAAUGUUCAAUUCAGUCUACUGUCCAGACUCUUGUUGCAGCUGACCCUGUGAACAUUGGUCAUGCUAUUACCGGAGCCUCCUGGGUAGUUAGUCCAUCAGACCAUAACCGUCUGAUGCCGAUAGGCGCCAUUGGAGAGCUUUUGAUCGAAGGGUCCCACGUUGGGCGAGGUUACAUAGGCAACCCAGAAAAUACCCAAAAGGUCUUUAUCAAAAGCACAGAUUGGUUACCAGAGUUCCGAAAAAAUCAUCAGGCGCUUUAUAAGACCGGUGAUCUAGUACAAUACCAGUCAGACGGCUCAAUGCGGUAUCUAGGUCGAAAAGAUACCCAGGUGAAGUUACGUGGGCAGCGUAUUGAGUUAGCUGAAGUUGAGCAUUAUGCUCGCGAAUGCUUUAGUGGAGCAAGGGACGUCGUGACAGAAAUGGUUAAGCCUCAAUACGAAGGUGGAACCUCGAUGCUCAUUGCAUUCGUUUAUUGCCCAGGAGAUCAUAUUGGGCGGAAUGCCAGUGAACCCAGAGAGGAGGCCAUAUUUGCCAAACCGGACGAUUGUUUCCGUGACCGCAGUGCUAAUACUAGGGAAAAGAUGGCUAAUAGCCUCCCUAACUAUAUGAUUCCAACUAUCUUCAUCCCACUAGCUCGUGUCCCCCUUUCAGCUACUGGGAAAACGCAUAGGAAGCUCCUACGAUCUUUAGCUGCUGCUCUACCUCGCGUUAACCUGGACUCUUACUCUAUAAAUAUCAACAAGUCACGAGUCCUACCGUCAACUGAUAUGGAAAAAUGUCUUCAUUCGGUUUUUGCGGAAGUCCUCAACCUGGCUCCAGGGAUGCUGGGCAUUGAUGAUGACUUUUUCCGUAGUGGUGGGGACUCCAUUACCGCUAUGCAGAUCAUCACUCAGUGCCGUAAACAAGGGUUUGUCCUUGCCCUCAGUGAAAUCUUCCGUUUAAAGACAAUAAUGAAGAUUGCAAAAGGUGCUACUUUUGGAGCGACCACCACCCUCUCGCGCCAGCAACAAGAGGACCAUAUUGGAGUUCCAUUUGGUUUAUCUCCAAUCCAACAAAUGUAUUUCGAAGACUGCCCUGAAGGACACAACGACUUCAACCAAAGUUUUUUCCUUGCAUUUGCCCGCCCUGUUGGAGAGGUUGAAUUGACGAAUGCCUUAGAACUUAUCAUCACCCGACAUUCAAUGCUUCGGGCCCGUUUCCAUCGGUCUCCGGAAGGCAAAUGGACGCAGAGCAUUUCCCGGGAUGUACUAGGCUCAUACCGUUUAAGGAGUCAUCAAUUGUCACGUAGGGAGGAAGUAACAGCUAUCAUGGUCAAGAGUCAAAUGAGAUUAAAUCCUCAAACCGGCCCCCUUUUCUCAGUGGACUUCAUUGAAAUCGCAAACGACAAGACCCAAUACGUAUUUCUCGUGGCCCACCAUUUGGUCAUCGACCUAGUGUCUUGGAGAAUUCUCCUUGCUGAGCUGGAAGAGGUCCUGGAAACUGGGACCAUUUCACAAGACGUCCCCAUACCUUUUCAAGCCUGGUACCGGUUGCAAUCUGAGUAUGCUCAGAAAUAUUUGCCGCCGCAAAAGGCCCUCCAUUUCGGGCCAAAACCUAUUGAAACGGAUUACUGGGGCAUGAAAGGCCGAAAAAAUAUUUACGGCAAUGUGAUUCACGCACAUCUGAAAGUCGAUGAAGGCUUGACGUCUAGAUUGCUAAAGGAUGCUAAUCUAGCAUUUGAUACCCAGCCGGUAGAGAUUCUGCAUGCUUCUCUCUUGCAUUCAUUUAUGAAAUGUUUUCCUGACAGAGAACCUCCUCUAAUUUUUAAUGAAGGGCAUGGGCGAGAACCAUGGGAUAGCUCAAUUGAUAUCUCCAGAACCGUAGGCUGGUUUACAACAAUCUGGCCUACUGAAGUCUUAGUGGAUGAUAGAAAUGAUGUUGUUGACUUAGUUCGUCGUGUCAAAGAUGGGAGACGAAAGGUUCCAGGUAGAGGUUGGCCAUAUUUUGCUUCCAGAUAUCUAAAUGACAAGGGAAGAGAAGCUUUCAAUGGAUACACACCCUUUGAAGUUGUUUUUAAUUUCCACGGGCUUUACCAACAAUUUGAACGCAAGGAUGGUCUUCUCCAGCAAGUUCCCUGGAAGUAUGAGGCAUCGUGUGAUAACGGACCAAACGUUGUACUUCCUGGACUAUUCGAAAUUACGGCUGUUAUUAUUCAUGGAAGUCUCCAGUUCGAGUUUAUGUAUAGCCGAGAAAUGAAGCAUCAAGAUGCCAUUGGACAAUGGAUCCGAAAUUGUGCUAGCUCCCUUCGUGAGGCGGUAGAGGGCUUGAUAGCACACGAGGAAUCUCCAACAUUGAGCGACUUUCCACUCUUACCCCUAACUUAUCAAGGUUUAACACAGUUGACUAUGGAAGUCCUUCCUCAAUCAGGGUUAUCAUUAGCCGACAUAGACGAAAUAUACCCUUGCCUUCCCGUGCAAGAGGGUAUACUGCUUAGCCAACUUCGAAACAACUCGCAUUAUCAGACCCGAACUAUGAUCGAACUGAUCUCGACCAAUGGGUCAAUAAAUAUGGAUAGAGUUCGGGACGCAUGGCAACAAGUUACUGACCGACAUUCUUCUCUCAGGACAGUCUUCGUCAAAAGCAGCCUUUCCACCGCUAUGUAUGACCAAGUGGUAUUAAAAUCUAUGCCAGCCCAGGUUAAUAUACUGCCAUGUGCCGUUGAUAAUGAUGCAGUUGAGAUACUCCACAGAGAGCGGAGAACUUUCAGCGAACUCGGAAAACCUUUGCAUCUUCUCACAGUAUGUACGAACUCGAGCGGCCGAGUGUUGGCUGAUCUUGGGUUUAACCAUGCUAUCAUUGAUGGUAUGUCCAUUUUGACCUUGCUUGAAGAUUUUAAGCUUGCAUAUCUCGGAAAACUUCCAUCAUCCCAAGGCCCCCGUUAUAGUGAGUUUGUCACCUAUAUUCGGAGCAUGUCACAGCAAGACACUCGCAACUAUUGGAUGAAUUAUUUAAAGACCUCUGAGCCCUGCCUAUUCCCCGUUAUUACUGAUGGAAUCUCCUUGGCCUCGGAAAAGGAGCCGAACAAUCUAGAGAGGGUUAAAAUCAGCUUUGGUGACCUGUCGAAACUGCAAGACUGGUGCAGGGCACAAGAAAUCACUUUAUCAACGUUGCUCAGAGUAUCCUGGGCUCUUGUUUUACGUUGCUUUACCCAUAUGGAUGAUGUCUGUUUCGGGUACGUGAACUCCGGGCGAGAGGCCCUGGUCGAUGGUAUUGAGGGUAUUGUUGGACUUUGUGCAAACGUUAUCACCUGCCGAUUUGACGUGUCGAACGCAAGGAGAAUUGCGGAUAUUAUUCAGUCUGAUAAAGUGGAUUUCCUCGAUUCCUUGUCACAUCAGAAUGCCUCGCUGGCGGAUAUCAUGCACGAAAUAAAUAUGACGAACCAGACACUUUUUAAUACUGUUCUAACAAUACAAAACAAAUCAGCUGCAGGGGAUGAAAAGAGUGAUUUCAUGGUGGAUGAAUUGUAUGAAGUCGAUCCAACCGAAUAUGACAUCAGUGUCAAUAUCGAGAUUUCCGGCGCCGGCAAGAAUAUCGAUGCAUACCUCGGAUACUGGACAUCACGGCUUUCUCAAUGGCAAGCAAACAACGUUUCCACAACCUUAAGCCAUCUCGUCUCUGAGAUAAUGACCGCUUCAACCCUACCCACUGUGGGCCAACUCGAUUAUUUUGCUACAGAACAUAAAUGGCGGGUUGCUAAAUGGAACAUCGAUGAAGUGGCCACGGUGAAUUGUUGCACACAUGAGCUCAUACAGACACGUUCUAACCGCCAGCCUGAGGCCCAAGCCAUUUGUUCAUGGGAUGGAAACUUGACAUACCGGGAGCUUGACGAGCUAUCCUCUAAGCUAGCUACUAUACUAAUUGGUGCCGGCGUGAAGCCUGACGCUAUCGUACCGUUAUACUUUGAGAAGUGUAAAUGGGCCCCUGUAGCAAUUCUAGCAGUUUUAAAAGCUGGAGGAGCUUUUGUUCUUCUUGAUCCGUCAUACCCGAAGCAACGCCUUCAAAAAAUAUACCAUGAUACCAAUGCCAACUUAGUUGUUACAUCUCCGCACCUUGCCACGGGUGCCGAACAGCUAACUGACAAGGUUAUUAUUGCCCAUGAAGAUAUAGCAGCCUGGGAUAUCGAUGAAGCCUCUUUGAAGAUGACACCCGUGACUCCCAAAAAUGCUAUGUACGCAAUAUUUACCUCAGGUUCUACAGGAGAACCGAAAGGUGUUAUCAUCGAGCAUUCGGCGUUUCUAACCAGUGCUCGUGGGCAUACCGCUGCACUUCAUUUAGACUCUAGAAGCAGAGUGCUUCAAUUUGCUUCGUAUACCUUCGAUGCCUCAGUGUGCGAGAUACUCUCUGUCCUUCUUGUUGGCGGCUGUAUUUGUAUACCAUCAGAGCAGGACCGUUGGAAUGAUAUAACCGGAGCCGUAGCACGGCUAGGUGCCAAUUGGAUUUUUAUGACGCCUGCACUAGCUAGGUCUCUAGAUCCUUCUCGUUUCCCCUCCCUGAAGACCAUGGUGGUUGGAGGCGAAGCCAUCACCCCUGCCGAGACGCAUCUUUGGUGUGAUAAACUGAAACUGCUGCUUGCCUAUGGCCCCUCGGAGUGCUCGGUGAUGUGUUCCAUUACAGAUCCUGUAUCAACAACCACAGACCCUCGAAAUCUUGGGCGUAUCUUCUCUGGCUCUUCUUGGAUAGUGGAUCAAAAUGACCAUAAUAAAUUACUUCCCAUAGGUGCUGUUGGUGAACUGAUUAUUGAGGGACCGCUUAUUGCCCGUGAAUAUAUCAGUCGCCCAGAAAAGAACGCGGAGGCAUUCAUAAAGGAUCCUUCUUGGUUGUACAAUUUCCGAUGGGGACAAGGGUCGCGGUUUUACAAAACAGGCGAUCUGGUCCAGUAUGCUAUCGAUGGCACAAUUAGAUACAUAGGGCGAAAGGAUACGCAAGUAAAGCUUCGAGGACAGCGACUUGAACUUGGGGAAAUUGAACAUCGCCUGAGCAGGGCUUUCCGAGGCGCUAAAGAUGUUAUUGUCGAUGUUGUUAUCUCUAGUGUCAAGAAAAAUCGGGUUUUAAUCGGCUUCGUGUACUGCGGAAAUGCAGAGACAUCAUCACCGGACAAAUUAUGGGACAAUCCCUCAGAGGAAUUUAGCCUCCUUGUGCAAGAUGCAAAGAAGAUCUUGCAAAAGGAGCUGCCGGGUUACAUGAUCCCGGAGAUGAUCCUCCCGCUGGCAAGCAUCCCCCUGACCAAAAAUGGCAAAUGUGAUAGAAAAUUACUGCUAAGAGAGGUCGAGGCAAUGUCCGCCGAGUCUCUCCUCAUGCUCGGUAAUGAAGCCUCAUCAAAACGCAGGCCAUCGAAUGCCAUCCAAUGGAAGCUCCAGAGCCUUGUAUGCCAGGUGCUCAACCAACCAGAAGAUGGUGUAGGGAUGGAUGAUAGCUUCUUCCAUCUCGGAGGAGACUCUAUCAGCGCUAUGAAGCUAGUUGGUGCUGCCAGGGCUGAGAAACUCAGAGUCACCGUUGCCGACAUCUUCAAGAACCCUCGACUUGAAGAUUUGGCGUCUGUUUUACAGCAUCAUUCGAAUACUAAGACUGGAUUGAUUGAGCCGUUCUCGCUAUUGGGAAGUGGCGAGGCCCGCGAAUCUGUUAUACGGCAGGUCACCAACACGGGUUCUAUUAAAACGGAGGAGGUUGAAGAUAUUUACCCCUGCACUCCGCUACAGGAGGGUAUGAUGGCCCUCAGUAUUAAAAUCCCUGGAGCUUAUACCAUGCAGCAUGUUUUCCAGCUGCCAGAGUCAGUUGAUACAAAGAAACUUCAAGAAGCAUGGGAUAAAACCAUUGACGCCCACCCUAUCCUCCGAACACGCAUUUAUCAAGGUGAUUCUGGAAAGGCCCAGCAAGUGGUUGUUCGUGAAAGGUUCUGUUGGCAACAAUCAAGCAAUUUGAAUUACUAUCUUGAUCAGGAUCGAAAGCGGCCAAUGAGGCUCAUGGAGCCUUUGAUUCGGCUCGCCUUGAUCGAAGAACAGGCUGAUAGCCCUGUUCAAUACAUGGCAGUAACGCUACACCAUGCUCUAUACGAUGGGUGGUCGGAGUCCUUGCUCCUGGAAGCUGUUGAAGCAGCAUACCGCGGCGAAGAAUUGAAACUAACACCGUUUUCACCGCUCAUCAAACAUAUUUCUAAUGGUCAUGAAGCUGCUGGCAACUUCUGGCGGACUCAAUUCUCUAAUAUUGAAUCAGUUGCCUUCCCUUCGCUGCCAUCAGAGAACUACUCUUCUAUCCCCAGCUCUUUCAUUCAACGGUCAGUUCGUCUAGGAUCCAUCCAUCGGAACGGUUUCACUCUUAAUUCUCAGCUACGGCUAGCAUGGGCCACGGUCAUCUCUCAGUAUACAGCAUGUGAGGAUGUUGUGUUCGGCGUAACCGUUACUGGACGAGAUGCACAAGUGCCGGGAAUUGAAAUGAUGACUGGUCCUGCUCUUGCGACUGUUCCUCUCAGAGUACGGCUGCAGUCAAGUGUUAAUGUCAGAGGUAACCUACAGCAGAUACAAGAUCAAUUUGCACAGUCCAUACCAUAUGAGCAGUUUGGGUUGCAGAAUAUUAGUGCUCUAGGUGAGGAUGCUGCUGCGGCAUGCCGGUUUAACAGCCUGCUUCUGGUUCAACCGUCUGCGGGAAAUUGCAAGCUGGAUAUAUUCAACCAUUCUGUUGCUGUACCUGAUCAUUCAACCUUUGACACCUACCCCUUGACUCUCCAGUGUACAUUGGGAAAGGAUAUCAUUGGCAUUCAGGCAAUAUUCGAUGCCAACGUACUGCCUCACGAAAUGAUGGAGAGAAUCCUCAAUCAGUUUGCUCACCUUUUCGAAGAAAUAUCAAAGAGCAUAGACAAGCCCAUGGGUACAAUCGGUUUAGUCGGCCCAGAGGAUAUGAGAAUGCUGAAAGAAUGGAAUGGCAAGCCACCACAGAAACAGGAUUUACUUACACAUGAGCUUAUCCAGUGUCAAUGUGAACAGCAGCCUGAUGCCCACGCAGUUUGUGCCUGGGAUGGUGACCUCACAUAUGGCCAACUGAACGACCUUAGUGGACGGCUGGCGGCGUACCUAAACGGACUUGGAGUGGGCACGGAAAUGAUCAUACCACUCUGUUUUGAAAAAUCAAAAUGGACAACAGUUGCCAUGCUUGGAGUGAUACGGGUCGGUGCUGCAUUUGUUCUCCUCGACCCUUCUGCGCAGCCCGUUCAACGAAUGUCAGAAAUGUGUCGACAAGUCAGCGCUAGCCUGAUUCUUUCAUCUGCAAAAUACGCCCCUUGCCUCCAGCCGCUUAGCUACCAAAUUGUUACCAUUGCAGACGCAGAACCUAUCUGGACUACAGAUAUCAACACCUGGCAGCCCCCAUCCAUCAGUCCCAGCAAUGCGAUUUACUCCGUAUUCACUUCCGGCUCUACCGGAACGCCCAAGUGCAUCACUAUCGAACAUCUUGGAUUUUCCAGCAGCGCAGAUGCAAACCGGGAGAUACUGGGCCUAGGAAGCAAGACGCGUGUCCUGCAAUUUUCCUCAUACUCUUUUGAUGUCUGUAUUGAGAAUAACUUGACUACUCUGGUGGCUGGUGGCUGCAUAUGCGUGCCUUCGGAAGCAGAUUGUAAAGGAGACCUGGCAAAAUCUGCCCGAGAGUUCAAGGUAACCUACGCAGAUUUGACACCCUCGGUUGCCCGAAUCCUUGAUCCUGAGGAUAUGCCCACAGUUGAAAUUGUUAUCCUUGGUGGAGAGGCUAUGGCAUCCGAAGAUAUUGCUCGUUGGUCAAAGAAAGUCCGUUUAGUCAAUGCUUACGGUCCAGCUGAGUGUUCAGUCACUUCUACCAUUCAGCCAGAUGCUGAACACCAGGCGAGCCCAGCGAAUAUCGGACGCCCAUGUGCAGCCAGAUGUUGGGUCGUGGAUAGACAUGACCAAUCAAGGCUACUUCCAAUCGGGGCCAUUGGUGAGUUGAUCAUCGAGGGUCCAAUUGUUGGUCGUGGUUAUUUGAAUAAUGCUGCAGCCUCUGAAGCAUUCAUCGAAGCCCCGGAGUGGCUCUCAACUAUUCGGGAGGGUGAAUGUUAUCGAAUGUAUAAGACUGGAGAUCUUGUCCAAUACAACUUUGACGGGACCCUUACCUAUAUUGGAAGAAAGGACCUGCAGGUCAAACUUAAUGGACAGAGAAUUGAACUGGGCGAGGUUGAGUCUCAUGUUCGGCGGUGUUUCCUUGCCAGCCGAGAUGUAGUUGCCCAAGUGGUAACUCACAGUCAACUCGGUUAUAAACCACGCCUUGUUGCAUUUGUCUGGCAAGAGCAUGAACAAAAUGGCAUCGUGAAGGGCGAGGAAUCCUCAUUGUUUGAGAGUCCUAGUGAUCAAUUCCGUGCUGAUGUAAAAUUGGCAGAAGAGAAGCUCAGACAGUCUGUUCCAAAUUUCAUGGUGCCAACUACAUUUAUACCACUGUCCAGGCUUCCCAUUGCCGCAUCUGGAAAGACGGACAGAAAAGGUCUACUGACGGCGAUACAGGCGUUUUCACGAGAUGAUUUUCAAGCAUAUUCCCCACUCAGAGAGAGACGGCCAGUGUCAACAGACAUGGAACGGAAAAUUCAAGCAAUCUGGGCCAAAGCACUAAAAAUGAGCCCUGCCGAUAUAAGUGGUGGAGAUAGCUUCUUCCAGCUUGGAGGCGAUUCAAUUACUGCGAUGAAAGUUGCCGCAGCCGCCAGGACAGAAGGUGUUUUUAUCUCACUUCAAGAUCUCUUCCAAAACGCCUCUCUGGAGAAGCUCGCCAAAGCCGGAGAGGUCAAAAUAGACAUUUCAGAUGAGCCGAUUGAUUGGAAGAAAGAGGUUGCUGUCUACCCAGAGCUUAAGAUGCCCCUGAGCAAAUUCCCGCCUCGUCAAUCCAGCAGCGACAGGAUCGAAGUUGUUCUCACCGGCUGUACCGGCCUUUUAGGCAAUGAAAUCCUCAGACAGCUCGAGGCAAGUGCUGAGAUCUCGAAGAUUCACUGUGUAGCCAUCCGAGCAAAGGGAACAGGAGUCGCAAGAAAAGGUAACCUCAACUCCGAGAAGGUUGUGACAUACACAGGCGAUCUCUCCCUGCCUCGACUUGGUCUAUCAAAAGAAGACGAAGAAAUGAUCCUUGCCCGCUGUGGAGCAAUUAUUCACUGUGGCGCCCUGGUGUCCUUCGUUCAGGGGUAUCAAACACUCUACGGCCCCAAUGUAGCGUCUACCAAGGAGCUCGCUAGGUGGGCCAUGAAGAGAUUCAUCCCCUAUCACUUCGUUUCGACUGCGGGAGUAGGCCAUCUCAGUGGCGCCGACUUCUUCGACCAGGUCUCUGUCUCUGCAUACCCACCGCCCACUGACGGAUCGGACGGAUACACUGCAUCGAAAUGGGCGAGCGAGGUAUACCUGGAAAAUGUGAACGAGAAGUUUGGUCUACCAAUUUACAUUCACCGGCCCACUAACAUUCUCGGCACUGCUACGUCUCAGAUAGACGUAGUUAACAACCUGUUGACAUAUUCCCGCAAGAUGAAGAUUGUGCCUCACUUCAUAAACUGGACGGGAUAUCUGGAUCUGAUCAAUGUCAAAUACGUUGCCUCGGAUAUCAUUGAAAGUGUGCUGAAAUUGGGACCUGCUUCGUCACCUUCUUGUACAGGUAGAUACAAGCUGGAAUUCAUCCAUGAGGGAGGUGAGAUUGUUGUGCCUAUACAGCAGCUGGGGGAGUAUUUGGGCAGGGAAGCUGGUGGCGCUACAUUUGAGACUGUAACCUUGGAUGAAUGGGUUGCGAGGGCGAAUGAGAGCGGAAUAAACCCGUUGGUGAGCGAGUAUCUAAAGGACCUGCGAGACCAGGAGAUUGAAGUAUCUCUUCCACUGGCCAAAUGUAAUCGCACGAUGGAGGCGUUGGCCAAGUUGAACAUGGACGUGGGAGUCAACGGCACCAACGGCACUUACACAAAUGGUACAAAUGGAACAAAUGGAGUAAACGGAGUUCACUGAUUCUGCGGGAAACAUGGAUGUAUUUUAAAAAAAGAUAGAUUGCUAUAAAAUUUCCUUCAG